AUGACGCAGCGAAGGAUCCCCUUCAUUGAUGAGAAACCAAUUGCUCCAGCUCCCGGUCCAUGGAAGCUCCCUCCUCAAAGGACAUACAUCUUCAAGAAUGCAAAUGUUGUCGAUACAUCAAACGGGAAAAUCAUCCACAACCAAGUUAUCAAACUAUCAGGAGGCCUGAUCAAAAUAAUUGGCAAUGAGCAUGCGCAAUUAUUCCCCAACGACGCUAUUGUGGUGGACUUGGCUGGCAAAUAUCUCAGUCCCGGGCUGAUUGACUGUCAUGCCCAUCUGUCUUCUGUACCUGGAGAAGAAGGUCUCACGGCGAGUAUAGUUCAUCCCGAUAUGGCUGUUUCACACUUUCGUCAGCCUUAUAUGGCGGCGCAGGUGCUGUAUCGAGGGUUUACUACAAUGAGAGACACGGGUGGCGCAACGCUGGCUCUGAAGGAGGCAAUUGCAGACGAUGUGUUUCCUGGACCUCGACUUUUCAUUGCCAACAAAGCUCUCUCGCAGACAGGCGGCCACGGAGAUUCAAGAUCCGCCCAUGAAGCGUGUUGCGGUACCACGAAUUGUCUUUCCACUAUUGUUGAUGGCGUGCCUGCCGCGAUACAUGCUACUCGAGAGCAGAUCCGCAUGGGAGCAGAUUUCAUCAAGAUUAUGACUAGCGGAGGUGUUGCUUCGCCGACAGAUAGAUUAGACCAUAUUCAGUUUACAGCUGCUGAGAUCAGGGCGAUUACCGAGGUCGCGGAAACGUACAACACGUACGUGACCGCUCAUGCUUACACUCCUCGGUCAAUCAGACAUGCUGUGGACAAUGGUGUCAAGGGAAUUGAGCAUGGCAAUCUCAUUGACAAAGAAACGGCAGAAUAUAUGGCCAAGAACAAUGUCUGGUUCACUCCUACACUUGUCACCUACCAUGCCAUGGGCUCUGACAAAUACGCUGGGUUUCUACCACCAGCAAACCGUGAAAAGAACCGCCAAGUUCUGGAGCAAGGUCUCCAAUCUCUGCGUCUGGCAGACGAAGCAGGGGUUACUAUUUGCCAUGGAUCAGAUCUUUUGGGGCCGCUGUGGAUAGAGCAGAGCAAAGAAUUCGGCAUUCGGUCGCAGGCUUUAAGUGCCGUAAAGAUUCUCCAGGGGGCCACCGUUAAUGCUGCAAAGAUGUUGGGACAGGAGAAUUUCUUGGGUCAGAUUAAAGACGGGUUUGCCGCUGAUGUAUUGGUGCUGAAUAGGAACCCACUGGAAGACAUUUCGAUUUUGGAUGAGCCAGAGAAGUACAUUCUUGCAGUGGUGAAGAAUGGGCGAGUGUAUAAGAGCCGGUGGACGAAGCUGUCGGAAGACGUUGCUCCGGUUCGGACGAUGGUUGAGUGA